UUCUCAAAUGUGAGUACACAGAAGAGAGAAGUGAGUCAAGAUCCAGACACUGAUUUCUUUGUCUUUGUUAUUUCAGGGAUAUCGGAACCAUCCUUUGAGGCAAAAUGCGAAGAUCGUUUGUUUAAGAACUUGUUUCAAGACUAUGAAAAAUGGGUUCGUCCUGUGAAACACCUGAAUGACAAAAUAAAAAUAAAGUUUGGCCUUUCAAUCUCUCAAUUAGUGGAUGUGGACGAGAAGAAUCAGUUAAUGACCACAAACGUGUGGUUGAAACAGGAAUGGGUUGAUGUAAAAUUAAGAUGGAACCCUGAUGACUACGCUGGAAUCAAAGCUAUCCGCGUCCCCUCCGACUCCAUCUGGACUCCAGACAUAGUAUUGUUUGACAAUGCAGAUGGACGCUUUGAAGGGACCAGCACAAAAGCGGUUGUACGAUAUGAUGGCACUGUGUCAUGGACCCCACCAGCCAACUACAAAAGCUCCUGCACCAUAGAUGUCACCUUUUUCCCCUUUGAUCUCCAAAACUGUUCUAUGAAAUUUGGUUCAUGGACAUAUGAUGGAUCACAGGUGGAUUUAGUAUUGGAGGAUUAUGAUGUAGACAAAAGAGAUUUCUUUGAUAAUGGAGAAUGGGAAAUAGUGAGUGCCACUGGAAGCAAAGGGAACAGAACAGAUGGAUGUUGCUGGUAUCCCUACGUGACUUACUCAUUUGUAAUUAAGCGUUUGCCUCUCUUUUAUACACUUUUCCUCAUCAUACCCUGCAUUGGACUCUCGUUUUUAACUGUUCUCGUCUUCUAUCUUCCUUCAAAUGAAGGUGAAAAGAUCUCUCUCUGCACUUCAGUGCUCGUGUCCUUGACUGUCUUCCUCCUAGUUAUUGAAGAGAUCAUCCCAUCAUCUUCCAAAGUUAUCCCUCUAAUUGGAGAGUACCUAGUGUUUACUAUGAUUUUUGUGACAUUGUCAAUCAUGGUGACUGUCUUUGCGAUCAACAUUAACCAUCGUUCCUCCUCCACGCACAAUCCCAUGGCACCUUGGGUCCGCAAAAUUUUUCUUCAUCAGCUUCCCAAGCUUCUGUGUAUGAGGAGCCAUGUAGAUCGGUACUUUAGCCACAAGGAAGAAACUGGCAAGAUCAAUGGCUCCAGAUCUUCUCGGAACACCUUGGAGGCUGCUCUUGAUUCCAUUCGCUACAUCACAAGGCAUGUCAUGAAGGAGAAUGACGUCCGCGAGGUUGUUGAAGACUGGAAAUUCAUAGCCCAAGUACUUGACCGGAUCUUUUUAUGGACUUUUCUUCUGGUUUCAAUAAUUGGUUCACUUGGGCUUUUCGUUCCUGUUAUUUAUAAAUGGGCCAGUAUCCCCAUACCCAAUCAUAUUGGGAAUACAAAUAAGUGAUGCUGUCUCAAGGAUGGUCUAGACGGGAUUAUCCAACAAAAGGUACCUGGGAUCUCUCAAAGCCAUCUUUGGUAAUUAUGAAGAAAUAAAGCAGAAUAAAUCAUGUCUAAAUUUUAAAAUGAGGUUGGCAUCCUCAUACCCACUGUAGAUCCUAAUCUGUGGACAGUAGCAUUCUCUAAGAGAUUGUCUCUAAUAGGACCAACCUACGGAAAUAAUGUAGCUCCCAGAGUGUGUUGUUUGAAUAAUGGCAUUUUGAGAUGCUGAACAGAAUUAGAAACUGCUUUACCAACUGAUGGAUUGGUCAUUGAUCCGAUGCAUCUUCUUUUGUUGUU